GUUUUAGAGCUGGCCAAUGGUAUGAAGUUACGUUAAAUCAUAGUAAUGAUAAUCAUAGUAUCAUAACUGACUUGCGAUUGAGAACAAAUAUUGCGAGUAUUUGUGAUAUAAAAACUUUAGCUUUUGAUAUAGAGGUUGCAACACCACCUAAAUUGUUUCCAAAUCAUCACCGUGAUGAAAUCAUGAUGCUUUCAUAUAUGUUUAAUAAUGAUGGUUUCUUGAUAAUAAAUAGGUCGAUUGUUUCAAAAGAUAUUGAUCCCUUAUCAUACUCACCAAUGAAUCAUGAAUAUAAUUUUACAAUUUUCAAUGAGAAGAAUGAG